CUUCUUCUCCAAGCUUGGAGUAUUUUCGUUCCCCGUUUACCGGGAUGAAACACAUCCUCCCUGAGGGUCAUGAGAAAGCCCUGAAGCAGGCAUUCUAUAACACAGCUGCGCUAGUUUUCGUAUUUCUUGUCGCUGGUGCCACGAUUGCUGUGUAUCACAUUCUAGAGGCAUUUAUUCGACCGCUGUUGUGGGCAGUUUUGUGUGGAACUUUUUUGCAUCCCUUUAAAAAUACACUGACAAGAACUUUACAAGCAUGGUUGAGAGGCUUGCGAAAUUCAGGCACCCCUCUAGCUGUGGGGGCUGUCAUGCUACCCAUCAAAGUUAUAGACUCUGCCUCAGAGACCUUGGGUUCCAUUCUCAUGGCCCAUCUAAAACUUAUCAUUGCAUUUUCGGUUGGACUUCCAACAGUUUAUAUUUUGUAUUAUUUCGGACCGCUCGUCAAAAUCUUGGGGAUUAUUCAGUCUUUGUUUUUCUUUACGUAUGAACUUAUAGGAUACUUAAGUACAAUUUGGGUUCUGACCCUCAUCCUUGGUUACAUCUUAGUUGUAAUAUUCUACUGGACGCCACAGUCAAGUCCAUUUCUCAAACAUCUGGCCGUACCAGUGUGGAUUGCUCUCCUACUACAGAUUAUCACCCUAGCUGGACCGCUACGUGUCCCCCUGUUUAUCAUCCUGGUGACAAUGUUGAUAGUUGGUUUUCUUGCUGAGAUGAAGGCGCGGAGGACUAGUACAGUUACUUCACCUGAUGCCCCUGACCCCUCGGAGGCCUCACCUUGGGCCCUGUUCUUUGGUGUCCAGACUACUCCAGAAGCCAGCCCAUCAGAGGAUGUCACCAGAACUCCAUCCGCAGAGUCAAGUAACGAUGGUAAAAAGCCACCGGAGACACUUGGCCAUACUGGGAGACCCAAGGUGGAAAAACCUUCCAAAGCAAAGAGAAGCUUAAGUGAUAACUGCUUCAUCGCGUUAUUCUGGGCGCUGGUCCUUGUGCGUGUUUGGAUCAACUUCUGGGUGAUACAGCUGCUGCCAGCUCUUCUCAUAUUCCUCUUUAUCAAGAGGCUUGGAAUGUUGAGCCAUGUUGGUGGGAUUGCGUUUAUCAAGGAGAAGAUGGGGCCGCACCUUAUGAAGGCACGGACGUGGUUGGAGGAGAGACGUGAUGCUUUCGCACCAUCACCGAUACAGGGCAUGGCUAAGAUGGUGAUAAGAGGCGACAGAAAGAUUGUUGCUUUCCUUGAAGACUCGUUAGAUAGUGUGAUGAGCAUCGUGAUCAUCCUGGCGCUACUCCUGGGGGCCAUCAUGUGUGGCAUGUUCGUCUGCGUCCAGGUCCACCAAGAGACGGUCCACCUAUUGACAGUAACCAGCAACGUGGCCAACAAAACGCUUCAUCCCGACGUAAACAAGUGGAUGCCCAAGGGUGAUGACAUGCAAAAGGCUCUGGAUACAAUGAUUGAAAAUGCUUAUGUUUAUGGUAGAGAAUAUAUUGCCUCAAAGCAAAACCCAAGUGUUGAUGGCAUAUUUCACAUGAUGGUUAACACACUGUUAAGUGGGACGACUAAAGACAAGGCGAAGCUUGAGAACCAUGUCUUGGAGGUUUGGGAUAAGAUGUACAACAGCUGGAAACAGCGGGAGCAUCAGCAUGUUCUCGGGGCAACAAUAAAACCGAUCUUGAUGUCCGUGUCUAUCAAUGACUCACUUAUGAACCAGACGCAGAAUCUGCCCUCGGUAGACAACAGGAACCUAGCACUGACCAACUGGAGCAGCCUGUGGGAAUCUAUGAACAAACUGGAGGAGUUCAAUUAUGAGACCAUCAUGAGCUUCGUCCAGGAAAACAUAGGAACAUUCAUGGCAGCGCUGGAGUCAGUAUGGUUGGUGCUCAAGAGUAACAUCUCUCUUGCCCUCAAUGUGGUCACAGCCAUCAUAUCUUUAUUAUUCGGAGGAGGAACAGCUCUCCUGAAUUUCGUCCUUGGUGUGAUCAUCUUCCUGUCCACAUUAUUUUACCUGCUUGCAUCGAGCGGUGACCGCUAUAAGCCGAUGGACUGGAUCAUGCGUAUGGUCCCCUCGGAUGGCUCACCUGCCGCCAACAGCUUUGGUCUGGCUGUAGAAGGAGCCAUCAGCGGUGUUUUCAUGGCUUCCUUCAAGAUGGCAGCCUUUUAUGGCCUGUACACCUGGCUGAUGCACACAAUUUUUGAUAUCAACAUAGUAUUCAUACCUUCAGCGCUUGCUGCAUUAUUCGGUGCCAUACCAUUCCUGGGGACGUACUGGGCCGCCCUCCCCGCAGUGAUAGAACUCUGGAUCGUCCAGGGACUUGGUCUAAAGGCCGUGCUCCUCCUGUUGUGUCAUUUCCUGCCCAUGUGUUUUGUGGACACUGCCAUUUAUAGUGAUAUCAGAGGCGGUGGACACCCGUACCUGACGGGCCUGGCCAUUGCUGGUGGGCUUUACUGGAUGGGCCUAGAGGGCGCCAUCAUUGGGCCGAUCUUACUCUGUAGUCUCAUUGUCGCGUUUAACGUGUAUGGGAACAUGGUCUCGCCCGAAGAUAGUGGCGCCAAAUCUAAAUCCUCUGUCGUCCGAGCUUUAAAAGAAGAUAGAAGAGUAACGUUUAAUUUACAAAGCAGCUGUAAGAGACCAGGAGACCUCCAAACAUCCAGAUCUGCCACAGGUUAACAUACUAUUCUAGACAAUAGCAUUCCGCGAAGUUACUAUUUAUAGCUCACAAGGUCAUUUGCAUAAGAUAUUGAUGACGUUUUAGUCACGUGACAGUCGGACAUCGACAAUUAUUUCUACGCAUUUGAGCUUAUUUCAAAGUCAAUUAUCUUUGACCCUGCAUUGUUUUUAACAUGAAUGAUACCAUUGAGUCAGAGAGAGAAAUAUUCAGAACAAUUAUGUAGUAUUUCCAACACUCGGACAUGUGCCAGAUUGAAUCUAACUGCCCUAGUUAGAAAGCCUGAAUCCAUUACGAAACCGCAUGUUUGUCCGACAUUGCCUGUAAUUCAGCGAUGGGGAAAUAGAGGGCAGCAGCUGCAGUGACGUCAUCUUCGCGGAAUGCUAUUUACAGAUAAACUUGCUGAACUCAGAUUCAAAAAGAUCCUGAUAUGUUCAUCAACGUUGACCAUCAGCAAUUGGUCUUUUCUGUCCUUUUGACUUUGAAAAGAAAAUUCAGUUGGUAAUUAGAUGAUGUGAUUUUAGUAUUUCUGGUUUGGCAAGUUGAGCUGUUUAUCAUUAGCAUGAUAGAUUUUGUUAUUUUCUGGUACUGUUGUUGUUCACUGUUCACGAGUAUUGUUUGUUUUAUUGGAUUUUGUUUAUUUUGUAAUAUAUUUAAUCACAGUUUUCUUCAGGUUCUGCUUAGAUAUUAAUGAAAAAUUAGUAAAAAGUAGACUUCGUGAUUCUUGAUAUCACUUACCAUAUUUGUUCCAGUUUGUGCACAGAACACGAGAAUACAAUAACACUUAAUUUUAUCUCUUCCAUAAAACUGAAGUAAUGGGUGUUUUAUAAACAACUUGGUGGCACUUUUUCCCUUUCACCAUAAUCGCAACACCCCGACAUACACAAUAGUCUUAUCUUGAUGGUAAAAUGUCACCAACCUAUACUUUACACAGACGAGAAAGUUGUCCUGCCCCCGAACAGUCUGAACAGUUUGUGCGGCGUUAUUUAUGGUUCUCAUAGGGAUCUGGAAUGUCUUGAGCGGUCGGGACGGAGAGGAUGUGAGUGGUUUCAUACGACAGGCCAAACCUGCUUCAGGCAAAGAGGGUCCUGCGUUGCUAACAUCUUGCCACCUCAUAGUUUGGUUGCACUUCACUUUUAUUACCUCAUGCAUGUGGUAUGGGACUGCGGUCGCUUCUUAGACUGGAGGACACUAGCUUCUCAUCUAUAGUUAUCACGUUCGAGAGCUCUCUGCUCAUUUCUAGCUACGAAUCUUAUACCACCUUCUCUUCUUUUCAUUCCCAGGCAAGUGAGUGACCCUACGUCUUCAAACACAUGAUCAGUGACAUCAGUGUUUAGGCCUGACUGCGCUAUUCGUAGGGCCACUCCACUUACAGUAACUGAUGUCGACCCACCGGACCCAACUAAAACUGUCAAUGUGUAACCACGGCAACUAAAACCGGUAGCACGUUACUACGACAACACGUUACCAUGGCAACCACAACACAUCCUCGACUCCUGUUUAUAGUUUUGGAUUGCUGAACGAAAUUUUGUUCACUGGACUUUUUAUUGGACUGUGAAAAAAGAAAAUUAUGUACGGCCCAUUAUGAUAUUAUCAUUUGGCAGUUUGUGAAAUUCCUGCAUUGCUGCUGGCAGGCAAAUUCACUGAAACUUGCCACAAAUCAAUUUGAAAAUUGAAUGGUUUUCUGACAAAAUUUUAAUUCCAAUUUGUAUAAGAUGCAAUAAUUUUGGAUAAAAGGUCGAAAUGUUGUCAUUAGGCUUUAGUGUGCUUCUACAUGUAAGUUAUUUGUUGAUAUAUGUGGUAUUCAUGGUGUAAUGUACUGGUUUCUCUAACAUGAAGUCCAUGAUGUGCAAAUUAAACCUUUCAUGUAAUGAUAGGGGCUGGGAUUUCCAGACUUUGAUAAAUUUAGGGUUUUCCUCACCCUCCAAAGAGUCUAAAGACCGUUUUAUUUGUAAAUUUGUACAAGGUGUUAGUUUAAACAUGGCCCCAUUUAAAGGCCUAAUAAACUGAUACCAUCAUGAACUAGAAGCUUUAGGAACAUGUUGGUUACUAUGUCCUUUUAAUCGAAAGUUAUUAGGCUUUUCAGUCCAUGUUUUAAUGAACACGCUGUAUAAUGUUAGAGCUGAUUCAGAAGGGAAAUUAAUUUAUAAUUAUUUGACGCUCAGUAUUAAUUUUAGAUAUACUUUAUAUCCUGCAUUGCCAAAAUAGAUAAAUGCUAUUUUUAUUUUUUGUUAAAUUGUAUAAUUAUUUGUAUGAUUUUGUAAUGGUGCUUGAUUUGAAAUGAGGGGUAAUUCAUUAAACAGGGUGUCUAAGAAACAAUUUGAGGCCUUGCACAUUUGUGUAGAGGUAACAGGGGUUAAUUAGUUAGGGGUUAAUCUGAGUGAUACUUAAAACAUAUAGAUUUAGGAGAUUCCUUAUAUCUUUUUGCAACCAAAUGUACGUCAUUGCUCUGAAGACAGAUUUCUUCUAAUAAAUUGUCAUCAUUUCUUUAA